CACACAGUUGAUAUUAACCAUUAAGUUGCUGUUCAACACCAUGACGUCUGCAGCCAAGGUCGUGGAGAAGUCUCCUGUUGUGCUGUAUGUUGGAGGACAUGCGUCAGGCUGUGUCGUUAUCGACGUGGUAGUGCAAGGCGCUCCAAUCAAUUUGAAAGAAAUCACUUUUAGAAACUACUACACAGCACUUGUGACUAUAAAGGCAAGAAUAAGAGAAACUGCAGCUAAUGCAGUUGUGCUUUCAUAUAAAACCAUUGUGAAAGACUUUGUUUUGAUGCCAAAUCCACAUUGUGAGCAAGGCAGCCAGCAAUUUUUCAGAAUUCAGGCUGAUAAGUUUUUGUGUGACAGCCGCAAUGUGAUGGCAUUACGUCUGAUUGUACGGCAACCAUCUCACCUUUGGAUGGACUUUGGGCUUCGUGACAUCAACUGUUUUCAAGAAGAACAGACGGAACUUGAACUGAGUCACAAUUCUAAUGGAUUAGAAGAGGAAGAAUCAGAAUGUGUAAAGAAAAUUACAGAGCACUUGAAUGCGAUGGCUUAUAUGGGCGGCGAGUCACACAGAAAUGCUUAUUUGGAUAUCCAGAGAGUAGGAAGAUUUGACGUAAAUGGCGGCUAUGAGUUAAACUUGUUGGCUUACACGUGAGGAAGGGCAUUGUAUAUAUUGCAGAUACAAUUGUUACAUUACAUGAACUGGCAACAUUGCAAUAAUUAUUGAUUUUGUUAGUCUUAUGGAUUAACACUAUAAAACAGAUUAAAUGAAUUUAAAGUUUUGUAAUUAAAAUGGAAUAUUUGAA